CGGUUGGAUGUUGAGGAGAACGGUAUGAAUUCACUCCGCAGCGCUCUCUCAAAGUUUCGUCCGAAGAAACUCGCGAAGCCCACCCGGGAUAACCAAGACAAAGGUCAGAUAACGACAGUUCAUUCUAUCAGCGCGGAGGACCUUCCCAGAAUUCGUGAAACGGCAACCGUAGUGUCAGACCCUCAAGAUGUGUCGAAUCUCCGGAGGGUGCUCCUGACAACUCCGACAGAUGAGACACCGUCGGAGAGAGUAUACAGGGAAGCCUAUGAGGGGGUCCAAUUGUGGAAUCAUCAUUACUGGACAGAACACAAUAAACUUUUCCACAAGCAGAGGAAUGAUUUCAUAAAGUUGAACGCUACGAUCGAGGAACCGCAACUGGACGCAGAGAGAAUGUCUGUGUUCUAUAGGAAGUUUCUGGAUGACAACAGGGAGAAGCACUGGAGGUACAAUUUGGAGUGGUAUCGCAAGCACUUCGGCUUACUUCCGCUCGACAUGAAGGCCCGUUUGUCACGACUCCGAGUCCGGCUGUAUCGGUGAAAACUCGAUAUGCUACAUGUGAUUUGAAGUAAAUAUGGAGAAUGGGAGGAAUCGUGUGUGAAGCUGGCUCAUUUUAAUCUUAGUGAUCAGCAGACUUAGUGUGACGUGUGUGAA